UGCAGGCGACGCCCGCGUUGGCACGCGGCGCAUACUCGCCAGCGCUGGUUUACACCGCGGACGACGUGCGCACGAUCGUCGGCUUCGCGGCGGACCGCGGGAUCCGCGUCGUGCCCGAGCUGGAUUCGCCGGGCCACGCAACCUCCUGGUCGGUCGGCUACCCCAACGCCACGCUGCCCCGCUGCCAGCACGCACGCACACGCACGCACGCACGCACGCGCACGCACACACACACACACACAGACACACACGCACUGCGCACACACGCACUGCUCAUGGAGCCGACAUGAGGCCACACAUUGUGCCGCCGGCCGAGUCGUUCUGCUGGACACGUGAGGUGGACUUUGCGUGCUGGAUCAGCAGCGCGACGGUCGUCUCGUACAUGCAGCGCCGCGGGAUCGCGCGCGACGACGCCGGCUUCAAGGAGCUCACCGCGAAGUACAUCGGAAGGCUCACGGCGCUCGUCGCAAAGUCGGGCAAGACGGCGGUGGCGUGGCAGGAGGCGAUGGACCACUACGGCCCGACGGCCGCCAACCCCACGCCGCCCAGCGCGCGUCUGCCGUCAGACUUGGUGGUUGAGCAGUGGCUCCAGCCGGCGUGGAACUGGGCCAACCUGAGCGCCAUCACCGGGCAGGGCUACCUCGGCCGGCCCGACGCCACGUGGCCGACCGGCCACAGCGGCUUCGAGGCACUUGUCACGCUCGGCUGGUACCUGGACGGCACAGCCAGCCUCAACGCGUGGGAGGAGGCAUACGCGCGCGAGCCGCUGACCAACAAGACGUGCGUGUACGACGCCGCCGGCCACGAGGCGGCCUGCGCGUGCUCGUGCCCCUCGGGCCCGUGGCGGGACGGCAAGUGCCACUGCUUCGACCUGCGUGGCUCGGCCAAGGCUGCCAAGGUGCUCGGCGGCGAGGCGCCGCUGUGGGGCGAGCACAUCGACCGCACCAACCUCGAGCCGCGCGCCUUCCCUCGAGCGAGCGCGGUCGCCGAGCGGCUGUGGAGCCCGGUCUGGCGCAACAACGCUUCGGCGGCCGCGCCGCGCCUGCUCAAGCACCGCUGCCGCAUGAUCGAGAGAGGCGUGCGCGUGACGCCGCUGGGGCCAGGCUUCUGCUGAAAGAGAGUGUGUGUUUGGGGACUAAAAGGCGCCGGGGGAGAGAGAUCGU